AUCGUAUUCCUUAUGUUCCAGAGAACAAGAUGGACGUCCCGUUGCCCUACGCCCCGAAGUCUGCGUAUUUCCUUUUGGCAUUUUUAAUAGCUUCGGUGACUUUCACAAAUCCGCCGCCCGACUCGUACUACGACAAAGGCAUCAUUUUACCACGGUACGACUACAUUAUCGUGGGAGGAGGAACCGCAGGGUGUGUCUUGGCUAACAAGUUAUCAGAAGACCCCGACAUCACAGUACUCGUAAUAGAAGCUGGAAAGGCCGAGGACGCCACAACGGAAGUUCCCCUGUUUGCUGUUCUACAAAUCAAUGAGGCUUUCGACUGGAAAUACAGGACAGUGCCACAGAAAACCAGCUGUCUUUCUGUCGUAGACAAGUUAGUAGUAAUAUACCCGGAAUACAUCUGUGACGUUCUUGGCUGUGACUUGUGCAUCGUAAAUAGUAGUGGAUGGAACGAUAAAAUGCUUCCGUCUCCAGAGCCGCGGCUUCAGUACGAAGACAUGUCCGUUGUGGUGCAAUCUGUGCCAGAGCCGGUGUCUGUUAUCGCAUCUACGUGUCUCCAUGCAGCCAAGGUAAUGAAACACACCCAUGAAACAACGAACAUUUUAGAUGAUACAUUUCAGGUCAGUCGAUGGGUAAGCGGGAAAGCGCUUGGAGGAACUAGUGUUAUAAACUUUAUGAUCUACAUUCGUGGUAACUCCAAAGACUACGACCGUUGGGAGGAGCUAGGUGCCACCGGGUGGGCAUACAAGGACGUAUUGCCUUACUUCAAGGAUGUAGAAAACUUCAUGAUUCCAGAAUAUGUCAACAACGGUUAUCACGGAACAAAGGGGAAUGUGCCUGUUACUAUAAAUCCGUACCAGUCUUUACUGAGUGAAAAGUUCCUGGAAGCCUGCUCGCAAAAAAGAUAUAAACGGAUCGAUUACAACGGACCCACUCAGGAAGGCUAUUCCCACGCCCAGAACAAUAUUUUGAAGGGACGACGUGUGAGUUCAAGCAAGGCGUGGGUUUUACCUAUCGUUGACGAAAGGCCGAACCUCCAUAUCACAUUGAACAGCUUCGCAACAAAAAUUAUUCUCAAUGGAACAGUUGCCACUGGUGUGAUGUUUGAGAAGGAAGGACAAAGUUACACCGUGAAUGCUGACCAUGAGGUCAUCCUUUCUGCUGGUGCAGUGAGGUCGCCACAGUUAUUAAUGGUGUCCGGUAUCGGCCCAAGAAAACACCUGAAAAGCUUAGAGAUUCCCGUCGUCGCAGACCUACCAGUGGGUGACAACCUUAUGGAUCAUGUUACUGUUGGAGGACUCUUGACCACCAUGGAGGUUGACGCCGAUCUGCCUGCCACGGAUCUCUCCGCAGUCCUCAAUUACACUAUCAGGAGCACUGGUCCAUACAGUGUUGGAGCAGGAGUAGAAUCCCUACUCUUUCCGCGGACGCAAUAUGGGGCCACCCCCGGUCACGCUGAUGUCGAGAUCGCCAUGAUUUCUAUUCGAUCAACCAUACCAGAGGUUAAAAGAUUCUUCAUGGACGUUGGACUUUCUGAACAGGACUACGACGCCUACGUUGGUCCGCACCAGGGGGAACCAGGCUUCCAGCUGUACCCAUUUAUAUUCAAGCCCAAGUCCAGGGGAGUUAUAAGGCUGGCCAGUCCGGACCUCCACGACUUUCCCCUCAUAGACCCACGCUACUACUCUCACCCCGAAGACGUCAAAGUCUGCGUUGCAGGCGCGAAAUUUGCCCUCGACUUGUUGACGGCGAAAGCCUUGAAGGAAGAUCUUGGAGCCAAAAUAUGGGACAUUCCUUUUCCUGCUUGCAAGCAACACAAGCUAUGGUCUGACAGCUACAUUGCGUGCCUGUGCGUCCAUUUGACUGUCAGUUUGUGGCACCCCUCGGGAACAUGUCGCAUGGGGAACGGAACGGACGCUGUUUUAACGCCGCGUCUCAGCGUUCGUUGUGUUAGCGGACUACGUGUGGUGGAUGCUUCGGUGAUGCCUGAGAUCGUGUCCGCGAACACUAACAUUCCGGUUCAGAUGAUUGCCAUGAAAGGAGCUGCGAUGAUCCUGGAAGACUACUAUGCCAAGAGAGUAUGAGAGACAUUGUGGAUCAAUGUGCCAAGAUGAUCUGCAGAUAAUUUUAAAGUGGAACGAGUGAACAGACGUUCACACAGAUACCUUCGCUGUCUUGUGGAUUGCGUAAUGCUGGCGUUACACGUAUGUGCUUGCUUUUCAUGUUUUGUUUUUGUUUUUGUUUUCUUCGUUUGCCCCGGGCAUUUUAUGUGGUGGUGGGAAAAUCCCUUUCCAUCUAGUGCUUCUCGGUAGUAGUGUAUGUAUGGUCUUUCAGUAUAGUUGUUGACUGGAAGUCAAUCCUACUGGAGAUGUAAUACGAAUGGCUGAUGUGAAGUAACAGUAAAAAUGCAUUUGCAAACAUGUAGUCGGCCGAUCUGAGGUAGCGAUAUAGUACGUGUUCAUUUGAAACUCACUUACAAAAACGAUUUUGAUGCAGUCUUACGCGGUAAACAAGAGAGCAAUUGGAUCACUUCAAAAGCGAGAGAAUGGGAUCAG